CUUAAAUUUAUAAAUUUACCUUUAUUAUACUACGCCCGUGUGGAUAAUGUUUACCUCUCCUAAAGUCUCCAUUGAAAACACCAAGAAAACCUGUAAUUUUGAAUGAAAAUACACGUGAAAACCGAGUGAUUUGGUGCGAUAUUAUGGGAUGUUUUCCAUCGUGUAAUUUAGCGGAGUUUUCGUGAUUUCGUUGCCGAAAUUCUGUGGAAUGUGAUGUUAAAACAGGUGAUCUUGCCUCGGGGUAUAUUUGUGACUAAAAAUUAUGGGUAACGAUCUAGUAGUGUGAUGUGAUGGCCCACACAAACAAUGCAACUCCCUGCAACUGGGAGUUAUCCUCACUGACAAACUUGACGAAGGAAAAAUCGCCCGAACAGCACUGGAGCGGAGUAGACCACCUAUCUGGACCUCUAAACCCUCUUUGCAUUACUGACGCAAAUCAUGAGAUCCUUCGUCCUAAACCAAGAAGAUUGUCUAGCAACUCGCGGAACGAAACAACCUUUACGCCAGAAGGUAAGGCGAACAAGGAAGCGGUUACACCGGCAAACGCCAGGCACAGUUUCACCCCAUCAAAUGACCAGGAAAGGAUGGUAUCACCCAAACGUAACAUCCAGCACUUAUACGUUGCCAACAAUGUUAAAACUUCAUCGUUCAGCAUAGAGCAAUCAGACAAGAACAGCAAAAAUAACAACCAUGAUAUCAAUUCGAAGUACAACAUAAGUCAGUCGUCGAUUAAUAUGGUGCCGGAGAGAGACACGGGGCCCAAAAUCAACACUGUUAAUGCGGUGGGCAAUCACAACAACGAUGAUAAUCGGUUGAUCAAAACGCAUCACCAUGUGAGCGUUCAGGAACUUAGGAUGCAGCAACGUCAAAAUUGCAACAACAACCACAACAGUUCCUCUGACGAAAACAGGUCAUCCGGACAUGCUAGUAUGUCGGACACCGGCAACAGCUCACCAAGAGAGCUAGCAAAUAAUAGAUUGACGGCUGGUGUUAUGCAGAAACCAUCUAGAAAUAGAAAUAACGUUCAGUAUAAUAGAUCGCGACAUAGGGCCACACCUGCCAGACUUCACGUUCCGUGGACUGGCUCUGGAGGUUUGGAAGACAUAAAGUUAGCCCUUCAGCAACUUACAAUGCGUUCCCACACCAGCACCAGCACUUAUUCCAGCGUCAGUGCUGGUUCUGAAAGUUCAGAGCCAGCAAUGAGGCGAUUGAUGCGGCAUUCCUCCUUGGAAACCAUAAACACCAACAUAACGAACGCAGACGAGUUCGUAUGGGUGGAUUCCCACAAUAGACUCGUCGAAUUGCAGCAUCUGCCCUGGACCAAUCACUGUAUUUUGAGGGUUCUGCAAUCUGGCAGAUGCCGGGAGUUGAUGAACAGAGUUAGCGUUGAGACUAUACCCAGGCUGUCUUAUUUGCUUCAAAGAGCUCUUGUGAGAUUGGGCAGAGAGACUCAAAGGCUUGCGUCGACUUUAGGCAUAUGUACCAAGCACGAUAUCACGGUCUCCUUCAGGAUUGUUUUGUGUCCUCCCUUGGCGGAUUCUUGCAUUAAAGCUUGCCUAAGGGCAGCUGCAAUGUUGGCUAUGUCCGGCGAUUGUACUCUAAAACAAAGCAAAUCUUUGAGGGCAGGGUUGCAGUUGCACGUUGGACGAUUCCAUCGUUGGAUGACGGAUGUAAACCUUUCCAGAUUUGUACACGAAUACGCAGCUAUAUAUCUGUGCGCGGGAUUGGAGAAUCUGUUGGAGGAAAUCCUGCUUCAAUGUCUCCCCAGCGAUUCGGACGUAAACCUUACCGCCACUUUGCUAGAACACGCGAUAGCCAAUAACGGCGAUUUAUGGGGUUUGUUGCAACCGUACGCCCAUUUAAACGCGGGGCGCAUAGCCUCGGGAGCCUUGGCGCUGCCCAGAUGGGCUUCGGUGUCGAGUGUGGGCUCUUCCUUGAACUCAGGCACACCCGAACCCUCUCUCAUGACCACAUGCGUGGGCUCUUUAAGCGAGCUUCAAGAGCUGAUAGGCAGGAUGCAGCCUAGGAUACCGCUGUGUCCCAAGGCUGUAAGAGCCUUGUUUUACUUUAUGCGGUGCUCGCAGCUGGAGCACGGCGAGCAGGGCGGCAAUGCCGUGCAAGAGCUGUGUUACGAACGGGCGUACGUCGUGCUACCGCCUCUGGUGGAGUGGUUACGGGUGGCUACGUCGCACGGUGAGCAUAGAUUCGCCGCCAUUAUAGAUAAGGACGAUAUUAUGCAGGCUGCGAGGCUUCUGCUGCCUGGCGUGGAUUGUCCUGUGAGGACCUUGGGAGAGGAGGCUAUAAGAGUCAAGAAAAACACUGGGAAUGAGGAGGAUAGCAUUGAGGCUACAAAUCAAAUCCAGGUGGAGUUGGCCUUCAGAUUAAUGCUGACAGGCACGCCGGAGUUAAUACAACAGGCUUUACCUCUAUUACCGUCAAAAACCAAACUUGACACUUUAAACGCUCAAGGCCACACAGCUUUAAUUCUGGCAGCCAUACACAACGAUGAUUCAGCCUUAACAGCCCUUUUAGAUGCUGGCGCAGACCUGGACACGGAAACUCCGGCACCCAACCCGCCGCAUUUUGCGGCUGUCAACGGCGAGAAUCAGCACUGGACAGCCCUGACGUACGCGGCUGCCAAGGGCUACACGAGAUGCGCCAGGAUAUUGCUCGAAAGAGGUGCCAGUGUGGACGGCGGUGCUCUGUUGAGCGAGGAAAAAUGCACGCUAACACCGCUGCAAGUGGCAUGCGGAAGCGGAAACGCAGACAUGGUUUCCUUACUGUGUGCUCACGGGGCAAACCCGUUUUUCUCGACGCAAAUCAAAGACUCGCUGUGUUACUCAGCUUCCACGCAACGGGGUUGCUACAGUGCUAUUUCAGUAGCUGCAGCGCACGGUCAUAGAGCUAUACUGCAAAAGUUAUUGGCGCAACCUCUGGCGCCGGUCAGUAAGGAGAUACUGUCGCUGGAAGAGAUGCUAGCCGAAGGUUCAUCUACAAGUCAUUCGAACGCUUCAAACUCAACUCCGCAAUUCUCCAAAACCCAAAUCAAAGCCCUGCAAGAAGCCAUGUAUCACAGCGUCGAGAAUAACCACUUGGACAUAACCAUAGAGAUUAGGACUCUGGGUGUUCCCUGGACACUACAUUGCUGGAUGCAUUCGCUCGGGGCAGCACACGAGGCCAGGUUGGACUGCGUUAUAGAUCAACUGUUGCAGGACUUUUUGCAAGUCUGCCCUGAUGACUACAGCUCUCAGUUCGUCCAGGAGUGUUUGCCCCUACUGUUCAACAUCUUCAGAUACAGCAAGAAGGAAGGAACCACAUUACUUCUAGCCGACAUUUUUUCGACAUGUUUCGGCUGGGAGCCCAUCAAACCAAUCAAAGAUUGCACUUCAACGCCGAUUGGUGGAUCCAGGAUAGAUCCAAAGUACGUUAACAACCCGGAACUGAGUGACGUGACUUUUAGAGUCGAGGGGAGACUGUUUUACGCGCACAAGAUAGUCUUGGUGACUGCUAGUUCCAGACUAAGGGCUAUGUUGAGUUCCAAGCUGUGUGAUGGAGGACUCCCAACUGUGCAGAUCAAUGAUAUUAGAUACCAUAUCUUUCAGAUUGUGAUGCAGUUCUUGUACCAAGGUGGUUGCCAAGCUCUGGAACCGGCCCCAGAAGACAUUCUAGAGCUCAUGGCAGCUGCAAAUUUCUUCCAACUGGACGGUUUGCUCAGGUACUGCGAAACUCGCUGUGCAGCUAUGUUAGCACUCGAUAAUGUGGUGUCGAUGUACAUCCACGCUAAAGUCUACAAUGCCAUGCAACUUUUAGAGUACUGCCAAGGCUUUCUCCUGCAAAAUAUGGUGGCUCUACUAACUUACGACGAUUCGGUAAAAAGGUUGCUUUUCGCUAAAAAGUUACCCAACCACGAUGUUCUGGCGGGGUUAUUAAAUACGCUUCAAAAUAGAAUUAAGGCCAGGAGUAAUCAGAUUAGUUGUAAGUUGAGUUCUAAGAGUCCCAAUAAGUUUGCGAAUAAUUAAGUUUUUUUACAGUUUUGGAGUAAGAAUAGUCUAAGAUCCCAAGUAAGGUCGACCUUCACCCAUCUGCUUACCAGAUGAAAAUUAUAUUUUAUCAAAUAAAAUAUUUUUCUGAACAUAAACCA